AUGAUGAUCAUUUCUGAGUUUCAUCAUUUCAUCUUUUACAAGAAAAACUCCUUGACAAUGCCGGACACCUCAACGUGGUGCCAAGCUCCAGUACUUCGUAUUGUCGGAGGAAGCCAAGAGCCAGCGAAGUUUUUCUUCUGGAAGACCUGUUGGCCCUUAGACUACGGCGUUAUACAGCACCUGGACCAGCAGUGUCGUGGUGAGGCAGAAAUAUAUCCAAGAAGGUCCUUGGGUCAUGCGUCGACGUGCUGUCAGCGGUAUCAUCCGCACCAGGUUGCUGCUGAGUGGUGGUGGUGUAGAGGAAAAACCCGGCCCUUCACUGCGAGGAAU